CACAAGCAUUACUCAUUCUGAUUGGCUGGAUGGGAGAGAGCUUCGACUAUCAACAGGUGAUUCCAUUUCCCGGGAGUUCUGGACGUGCACGUUGUGGAGAAAAGCAAAUUCUGUCAUGCCACGAAGAACUACUCCCCUUCAGGAUGCCAUUAAUCAGAUCCUUGCAGGAAGAGACAAGAAUUCAAUGUUAGAAAUCAAAUAUAUUAAUCCAGUUAAAGGUCGUGGUAUCUUCACUUUAGCUGCUUUCAAUCAAGGAGACUUUGUGGUGGAGUAUAGAGGGGAACUCAUUGAUGAAGCUGAAGCUGAACAUAGACGUAAACUGUACCACAAUGCAUGUUCGAUCUUCAUGUUUGACUUCAUAUGGAAGCGGAAGACAUGGUGUAUUGAUGGAGCACUUGAAGAUGGGUCAUUUGGGCGACUGGUAAACGAUGAGCACAGGGCACCAAAUUGCAGAAUGAAGUUGAUCGAAGCAGAAGGGAAGCCACAUCUCUGCCUUUUUGCACUGAAGGAAAUUACUAUAGGAACUGAAAUAACUUAUGACUAUGGUGGGAAAGAAUGGCUCUGGCGUCAGAUUCCCCCUACUGUUACAAGCACUGCUGCCCAAGAGUCUAUUAAAGACCAUUUUCAAGACCAAAGCAUGUCAUCCACAGUCUCUAUUGAAGAGACCAGAGAGAGACCAGAAGUCCAGUUCUGCAAUAUAACAUCAGGCAUUUCUGCUUGUGAGACACAGCUCAGUGGUGCAAGCAUCCCUUCUGGCCAAUACUCCAUUGCAGAGCUUGGUGACCACGCCAAUGACUUGGAACCCAAUGUGUCCUCUACAGACUUAUUCAGAAACACCGAAUUGAGAGCAGUGUGUCAGUCAUCCAGUCCCACACCAAACAGCCCUGAGCAUGAGGUGCAUUGUGUCAGAGGUCAAUGUAACACUUCUUCUGCGAAAGAGGGGUUUGGAGAAAUUGCUGUCCAGCACCAGGAGAUUUCACCCCCUACGUUCUCAACAGAUCUUAACAGUGAGACCGAAUCGAGAUCAGCAUGUCAAAGAUCUAGAGCCGCACCAAACAACUCUGCUUCUGAGUGUACAAUCCAUAAGCUGGUUUUUGAAUUGGUAAGAGUUGACAAAUGCUGGAUAUGCCAUUCACCUAUGACAUCUAUCAGAUGGCAAGGUGUAAGAUGCAAACAAUGCUCUGGUGUGUGGCAUAAAAUCUGCCUCCAAAAAUCCUCAGAAGACUGGGAUAUAACAGAUGCUGUACCUUUGUACGAUACUACAUCUAGGAAAUUCACCUCAGUGUCGCUGAUUGUGAAUUUGAUCUUAAUGGAGCUUUGA